CUGCCCUCUCCGUAUACAAAAGAAAAACGCAACCUAGGGCUUCCAAUCUUGCGUUUUUGCGUUGAUUUCCACCGGCCUCUGCUUCUGGUUUACCUUCUCUUUGGUAAAGAAACAACAAACAAACAUGCCAAAGAAUAAGGGAAAGGGAGGAAAGAACAGGAAGAGAGGAAAGAAUGAAGCAGAUGAUGAGAAGCGUGAACUUGUGUUCAAGGAAGAUGGUCAGGAGUAUGCACAAGUUCUCAGAAUGUUGGGAAAUGGUCGUUGUGAGGCAAUGUGCAUAGACGGGACAAAGCGCCUUUGCCAUAUUCGGGGGAAGAUGCACAAGAAGGUUUGGAUAGCGGCUGGUGAUAUUAUACUUGUUGGUCUCCGCGACUAUCAGGAUGACAAAGCUGAUGUUAUCCUCAAGUAUAUGCCUGAUGAAGCAAGGCUGUUGAAGGCAUAUGGUGAGCUUCCUGAGAGCACACGUCUGAACGAAGGUAUUGCUGGUGGAAUCGACGAUGAGGAUGAUGCUGGGGGUGAUGAUUAUCUUGAGUUUGAGGAUGAAGAUAUUGAUAAGAUUUAGAUUUUGAGUAACUUUUACAUUUGGAGUUUAGAGUUCUGGAUAAGACACUAUGUACGUUUCGUAAUUUGGAUUUGCUGAUAGUUGGAGGGGGGGAGCCAAGAACAAGGGUCAAUUGCCCGCGUCUUAGCUUCAAAUAUGUGUAUAAAAAUUUGAGUUCUAAAGAUUAUAUAUUAAAAGACCCUCUUACAAUAAUUUCUGACU